UCUGGCCUGAUGUUAUCUGGGACUUUCUUAGCCCAACUAUUGCUCAGGGGAAAUGAUUCUGCUGAAGCCAGGAGGGGCUCCAGUAGAGGUUCUUAAAUAAUAUGACGUGGUUCCUAAAGUCUAUGACAAAUUUCUUUGUUGGUUUUUUUUCAUCACAGGGAGGACUGGACUUUUUUUUCUUUUUUUAACCAUUGCAAUUCAAUGUCCAGGGGAUUUUUCCACCCAACAGAGUAAUUUCUUACUCAUAUUAACUCUAGACCCCUCUCCCCAUGACAUUUCACUAUAGGCUAGGACUCAUCAAGAAGCUGAAAUAAAGAUACCAUUGUCUCUCUUCACAAGAGAGAAGGUGGCUGGAAUCCUCUCUCCUCCAAGCACUUGCCUGCCUGCUCCCUGGGAUUGGUAUGUCAGAAGACCUGUCUUCAUCUGUCAAGAGCUCCCAGAUGGCAGAGAACCUUACUGAUACUGCCCCUGUGGGACCCCACUUUAUCCCUGAUGAAAAUGAAUUCCCCUUUGGAUACCCUGCCAGCAUCUGCCAGGGUACUCCUGAACCCAAGUAUUUGUGCUGUGGCUGCCACAAUGUUCUGAAGAAGGCCCAGCAGACCCUAUGUGGCCACCGCUACUGUGCUGCCUGUCUCUCCUGGAUACUGAGGAUCAGCAAGAACCCUAUCUGUUCAAGAUGCCAGGAGGAGAAUCCACAGACUGUGGGUGAUGAAAGUUUUUUAUCUGAAGAGAAGGCUUUCAUUGAUGCUGCCAUUAAUAAGGAAAUCUCUGAGCUGAGUGUGCAUUGCGUGAUUUCUGGGUGUGGCUGGACUGGCCUCAUGAAGAAUUUUGAGACACAUGUAUGUGGAGGAGUCUCCUUGAAGGACCACAAGCAGACCAUGCCCAAGAUCGACACAGAAGAAAAGGACAGUUUGGUACCAGCUGAGGUCCAGGAUAGGUGUCCCUUUGCAGACAUUGGCUGUUCCUUCAAGGGUGGCCAGGAGAGGGUGAAGGAGCACGAGGCUUCCUCGCUGAGUGACCACCUGAGGCUGCUGCUGGAGCUUGCGAUCCGUGGGAAGGCCCAGUGGGGGCCCAGCAGAGGGCCGGGGGCCUCGGGCCACAGACACGCUGCCCUGCCAGAGCCCAAGGCCACGGAGAGGAACCUGUCCGACCUCCAGCUGCAGGGAGCUGUGGAGGUCAACGGGGACCUGGAGGCCGACUACUUCCAUGCUGCCUCCUCAGACUCGGAGGAAGAGCUGGUCCUGCAGAGGUUCAUGAAGGAGAAGCUGCUCGCCGAGCUGGAGGAGAAGCUGCGCGUGUUUGAGAAUAUCGUGACAGUCCUGAACAAGGAGGUGGAAGCCUCCCACCUGGCCAUCGCUGCCUCGGUGUACCAGAGCGGACUGACCCAGGACCUCAUCCUGAGCCUGGAGCAGAGGGUUGUGGAUUUGCAACAGACCCUGACCCAAAAAGACCUUGCCCUGACCAAGUUGGAGCAGACCCUCCAUCUUCUGGAGGAGGCUUCCUAUGAUGGCGUAUACCUUUGGAAAAUCACCAACUUUACCAGGAGAUGUCAUGAGUCUGCAUGUGGAAGGACAGUCAGUCUAUUCUCACCAGCUUUCUACACUGCCCGCUAUGGCUACAAAUUAUGCCUUCGGAUCUACCUGAAUGGAGAUGGGAUGGGAAAAGGGACACACCUUUCUCUCUUUAUUGUAGUUAUGAAAGGGAAAUAUGAUGCUCUCCUGGAGUGGCCUUUCCGGAACAAGGUCACAUUUAUGUUGCUGGACCAGAACAACAGAGAGCAUGUUACUGAUUCCUUUCAUCCAGACCUGACCUCAGGCUCCUUCCAGAAACCUCAGGGGGAAAGCAAUAUAGCCAGUGGUCGCCCUAUGUUCUUCCCGCUGAAUAAACUACAAUCCUCUAAACAUGCCUAUGUGAAAGAUGACACACUCUUCCUCAAGUGUGUUAUAGAAACGAACUCAUAA